ACUAGUGCUUCAGGCCAGAAAGACAAGGUGCGUUUUUGAAUUUGGAGACUCCUUUCUUGGCAGAUACAGUUCCACAAGCUUUUUGAACAUGCACAAUCAGUAUUCAGCAACAACAAGGAGCCAAGAUGUCUCCCCUACAUAGAUCUCGAGUUUCUUAAUCUACCAGAAACCCAGUUUUAUGGCAAGCAGAGGAAAUAAUUCCUCUCUCCAAAACAUGGCAUUUUGUUACUCUGUUUCUCCUUUUUGUAGUGUUUGAUAAUUCUUUGCUUUGCUGUAUUUAUACCUUUUAAGAGUUACAAGGGUUGCCCCUAUUGAGACUUGAGAGAGGCUUGAAGCAGAAGCCUUCCCCUUGGAUUCAAAACCUCACUUUUCAGCUUCCAUCCCACCUCUUUUUCUUUCAACGAUCAUCAUGUCUAGUUUAUAUGCUCAUAGUUUCUUCCCGACUGCACCUGUCUCCCCACAGGCAUGUAGCAAAGAAGACAUUGACAGUCAGUAUCUGGCACAGCUGCUAUCGGAGCAUCAAAGGCUUGGGCCUUUCAUGCAGGUUUUUCCUAUAUGUAGCCACUUGCUGAACAAAGAGAUAUUAAGAGUCUCAGGCAUGGUUUCCAGCCAAGGGUUUGAUUACUGUAGCAGGAUACAGCAAAGAAGUCCCAGUCCCAUGGCUAAUUCCAACUCAAUUUUCAAUGUAGGAGGAACUGGUAUUGGUAUUCUGUCUGCACCCUUACGAGAGAUUGCAGGCUUUUCACAAGGAAUUGCAAUUGAUCGGCGAGAAGCACCACCGGCAAGUCCAAAGUCAUGUACAAUAAAGAAAGUAUUGCGUUUAGAGAUUCCAGUGGACACCUACCCUAAUUUUAAUUUUGUCGGACGCCUUCUCGGGCCCAGGGGAAAUUCGCUGAAAAGAAUCGAAGCAUCAACAGGAUGCCGUGUUUACAUUAGAGGAAAGGGCUCUAUAAAAGAUUCAUACCAGGAGGAAAAACUGAGGGGAAGACCAGCUUAUGAACACUUGAAUGAUCCAUUGCAUAUCUUGAUUGAGGCAGAGUUGCCAGCAAAUAUGAUUGAUGCAAGAUUGAGACAUGCACACCAAGUUAUAGAAGAGUUGCUGAGACCAGUGGAUGAAUCGCAGGAUUACUAUAAGAAGCAACAACUUCGAGAAUUAGCCAUGUUGAAUUCAGGUUCAAAGGAUGAUAGCCCUCAUCCAAGUGGCAGUGUUUCUCCAUUUUACAAUGGUAUGAAGCGAGCGAAAGCAGGUAGGUAGAGAAAUUGAUAAUGUUCCUGGAGCCGUUCAAUUCAACUCUUAUCGGCAGAGAGAUUUCCUUGUAAAAAUAGGCUUUUACAGAGGAUAUGGAAAACUCGGACAUUUCGAUCUACAGUAUGUCUUUUGCUGACAUCAAUUUUGUUUUUCAGGGAUCAUA